AUGGACGUGUUGGAGGCCAAGGAAACUUGCCGACAACACACAAAUCUGGACGCCCGAGUGGCAAGAGCCACAAUUCGUCCUGUGAGAACUGAACCUUGUGGGGCUGUGACCACCAAGACACCACCAACCUCCAAUACUCGCGCACCGAGACCAGCAACGAAGCAGGUGGAGGCGGUGAUUCCUAGCGUUAAACAUACUAUGAAGAAGAACAAUGGAAAGGAGAAAAUCACGAGCACAAAGGGAAAGAAACCAUGUAAACGGGCUACGGUUCAAUCUUUGGAGUCCAUACAUGUGACUGCACGUAUAGAACAGUUGAAGAAAGAUCUCCGAAAAUUGCAACGCAGCACUAAAGCGCUACUGCGUCAAACGAGAAACGUCUUGCUGCAUAACUUUUCGGAGCCAACGAUUCGCGAUACUAAAGCUCGACGAGAGGCCGAUCGCCAACACGUUCAAAAUGUUUUCUGA